AUGGCAGCCUUACAUACAUCACCAGAGUCCCCAACCUCCCAGCUGGAGAGAAUGGAAGUCAGGCCAGAGUGUGAAGUUGAUCAUGAGGAAAGGGAGGGAAGCUCAGAUCUGAUUGAGGAAAACUUGGAGGAUAUUGAGGGGAGCCCAGAGCUGAUGGAGGACAGCCCAGAAGAGGGCGAGGGGAGCCCAGAGGAGGAAGAUGGCAACCCAGAGGAGGAAGAUGGCAACCCAGAGGAGGAUGAAGGCAGCCCAGAGGAGGAUGAAGGCAGCUCAGAGCUGAUUGAUGGGAGCCCAGAGGCGAUCGAUGGCCUUCCAGAGCCCACUGAGGGCAGCCCAGGGCCUAUCAUGAGUAGCCCAGAGCCUAUUGAUGGCAGCCCAGAACCCAUGAUAGGCAGUCCAGAGCCUAUUGAUGGCAUCCCGGAGCCCAUGAUGGGCAGCCCAGAGGCUGUUGAUGUCAUUUCAGAGCCUCAUGAGGGCAGCCCAGAACCUGAUGAUGUCAUCCCAGAGCCCAUCAUGGGUAGUCCAGAAGUGAUUGAAGGCAGCCCAGAGCCCAUUGAGGAUAGUCCGGAGCACAUUAUGGCCAGCCCAGAGGGAAUUGAAGGCAGCCCAGAAACCAUUGAAGGCAGCCCAGAGGUGAUUGAGGGCAGCCCAGAGCCAGAACCACAGGAACCAUUGAACCAUGAUUCUAAAAUGGAGUCCCUAGUUCUUCAGGAGAACGCUUCAUCAGUUUCCUGGGUUCCAGCUAUUCUUAAAAAAGAGAUCCUUGAUGAUGAUGAACCAGCGACUGAUUUCCUAACUACUGAAUCCCAGGGACUGGUGACAUUUGAAGAUGUGGCUGUGUAUUUCUCCUUGGAAGAGUGGGGGAGGCUAAAUGAAGCUCAGAAAGAUCUUUACAGGGAAGUCAUGCAGGAAAACUAUGGGAUUCUAGUGUCCCUGGGUUAUCCAAUUCCUAAACCUGAUGUAAUCUCUCGAAUGGAACGUGGAGAAGAAUUGUGGGUCCCAGACAGCCCUGGUCCAGAGGAAGGUGAUAUUUUAACUGGUGUCUACACAGGUGGUUGGUUCUGGAAUGAGGAAGAGGAGGAGGAGGAGGAGGAGGAAGACGAAGGCCCUCUGGAGACUCCGGAAGAGUCGGAGCCGCCGGGAGUAUGGUCAGCGGCCUAUGGAGUGGGAGAUGUCCCUGGAACCUGGGGGCCCGAUGACUCUGUCCAGGCCCCGCCCACAGAUUUAUGGGGAGGAGACCCCUCCAAUAUAGGGAUGGUCACCGAAGGACAGGAAAUGAAGCCCAUUCUCCAUGGCGGGGAGGCAGGGGCCCCUCUCCUGCCUCCCUGGGCAUUCUCGGCGGUGGUGGAAGCGGCCGGGGGCAGGCCAGAGACAACUUGUGACGUGUGUGGGAAGGUAUUCCCUCAUCGCUCUGGGCUGGCCAAGCACCGUCGCUACCACGCAGCCGUGAAGCCCUUCGGUUGUGAGGAGUGUGGGAAGGGCUUCGUUUACCGCUCCCACCUGGCCAUUCAUCAGCGCACACACACGGGAGAGAAGCCCUUCCCCUGCCCGGACUGUGGCAAGCGCUUUGUCUAUAAAUCCCAUCUGGUCACUCACCGGCGGAUCCACACGGGCGAGCGGCCCUACCGCUGCUCCUUCUGCGGAGCCGGCUUUGGCCGACGCUCCUAUUUGGUGACUCACCAACGCACCCACACGGGGGAGCGGCCGUACCCUUGUCCCCAGUGUGGCCGUAGCUUCAGUCAGAGCUCGGCUCUUGCCCGCCACCAGGCUGUCCACACUGCAGAGAAGCCUCACUGCUGCCCUGACUGUGGACGAGCCUUUAGGCUUCGAGCAGACUUCCAGCGGCAUCGAAGGGGCGGAAAGUGCUCCGAUCUUAGGGAGGAAGUGAGACGAGAAGAGAGUGAGGGAGCGGAGCUGGGGGCGGAGGGUCUGGAGCCUGUAAACGAAGCCCCGGUUAUAGAGAGGACCUACCCCGAAUUGGGGAAUGGCUUUGGGGAGGGGGAAGGCCCUUCACAUCCCCUUGACUUUCACUUCCCGCUGCCACCCAAAUCUUGGCUUCAUGGAGAGAACCUCCCAAUGUUAGCCCUUCAGGAUUUUGGAGAAAGGGUAGCCCAUGAGCUGGUGGAUGCCCCGCCUCUUCCGGGUCACUUAGGGAGCCAGAUCUCUCUCAUCGAUGGGACAGCAAUGCCUUGUGACCCCUGUGCCAGUGGACUGCUACCUUUUGGCCCAUCGGUGGGGAGCCUCCUCGCGGACCCCCAGCCUUCUUCCAUGUUGGAGGAAGAGACUCCAUGGAUAUGCUCAGACUGUGGAAAGACCUUUGGGCGGCGAGCAGCCCUGGCCAAGCACCAGCGCUACCAUGCCGGGGACCGGCCUCACCGCUGUGCGGACUGUGGGAAGAGCUUUGUGUAUGGCUCUCACCUGGCCCGGCACCGGCGCACACACACUGGGGAACGCCCUUUCCCCUGCCCUGAGUGUGGGGCCCGCUUCGCCCGGGGCUCCCACUUGGCUGCCCACGUGCGUGGCCACACUGGGGAGAAACCUUUUGUGUGUGGGGUGUGUGGGGCCGGAUUUAGCCGGAGGGCCCACCUGACAGCCCACGGGCGGGCACAUACGGGAGAACGGCCCUACGCCUGUGGGGAGUGUGGGCGGCGCUUCGGGCAGAGCGCAGCCCUGACUCGGCACCAGUGGGCACAUGCGGAGGAGAAGCCACACCGAUGUCCCGACUGUGGCAAGGGCUUUGGCCACAGUUCAGACUUUAAGAGGCACCGAAGAACCCACACUGGGGAAAAGCCCUUCCGUUGCGCGGACUGUGGCCGCGGUUUUGCCCAGCGCUCCAAUCUGGCCAAGCACCGCCGGGGUCACACAGGCGAGCGGCCCUUCCCCUGCCCGGAGUGCGGGAAGAGGUUCUCCCAGCGUUCAGUGCUGGUCACCCACCAGCGAACGCAUACAGGGGAGCGGCCAUACGCGUGUGCUGCUUGUGGCCGGCGCUUUUCCCAGAGCUCUCAUCUCCUCACCCACAUGAAGACUCAUCGUGGGACUACGACUGGGCCAGCAGCAAAGGCCGAAGCGCCCGGGCAGAAGCAAGCGAGUAGGCCUUCCGGGGAGAAAGAGGACAGUAGUAGUAAGACUGUGGCGGAGUUUGGGGGAAGCUCUAGCUUUGUGUCCGAGGAACCUUCAACCGUAUUCCCUGGCCCCUCCCGCUCUUAUGAGGAGACCCUCAUGUGA